AUGGUAUACCAAUUGCUGAAGGUAUCAAGGCUCAAUAAUGCUAUUAGCAUACCAAGAAGGUACAGUGUAAGUAAGUAUAUUAAAGAAUUAUACAGAAGAAAUCUGGUUGCGAACUGCUAUCCAUCUAAAAUUCUCGAAGAACAUGAAGAAAAGAUUAUUAAAUUACCUGCUUGUGUGUAUGCAGGGUUUGAUCCUACCGCUGAUAGUUUACAUUUAGGAAAUUUAUUGGUUCUUCUGAAUUUACUAAGAGCAAGCCAAUUCGGUGUGAAACCUAUAGCGAUUGUUGGUGGAGCUACAGCUUUGAUUGGUGACCCCAGUGGUCGUGAUACUGAGCGAGAUGAGGCUAAAAUUGAGGAAGUUUUCGAGCAGUCUAAAUCUAUUGAACAACAAUUAUACAAAAUUUCUUGUAAUGCCCCUACGGUUAACGCUAUUCCAUUGAGAGUGAUGAACAAUUACGAAUGGUUCAAAGAUUUUUCCAUGAUAGAUUAUCUUCGUAGCUGCAAAUCUCACAGAUUAGGAGAGAUGCUACGCAUGGGAGCCAUAAAGAACAGAAUGACGGAUAAUUCGGGUAUAUCUUUCACCGAGUUCAGCUACCAAACGAUGCAAGCGUACGAUUGGUAUCACUUGUCCAAAAAAGAAGAUUGUUUGUUCCAAAUUGGAGGUUCUGAUCAACUUGGUCAUCUCGAUUUAGGAGCUCAUUAUAUAAAUCGAAAUUCUAAUCGAUUCGCAGCAGGAAUAUGUCUUCCGUUAUUGAUAGAUAGCUCCGGAAAAAAACUAGGAAAGUCAGCAGGAGCUCCGAUUUGGCUCUCUCCCAGCAGAACUUCACCAUUCCAUUUUUUCCAAUAUUUCAAGCAACUGCACGAUACAGAUGCUGAAAAGUUGUUUCUACAAUUCAGUUUGUUGCCAUAUGAAGAAAUGAUAACAAUCGUGGAAAAACAUAAUGAAAAUUUGGGUAAAUGGAUUGUUCAAGAAGCAUUGGCCAAAGAAAUGACUGUAGUCGUUCAUGGAAAGGAGGGAUUAGAAAGAGCUCUGAGUUGUACCCGUGCUCUAUUUGAAGGCGACAUAGGCGAGAUACUAAUGUUGGAACAUAAUGAGUUACUGAACAUAUUUGGAAAUACUACCAAGAUUUCUGUAUCCUUAAAAAAUAUGGGACAAUUGGCUUGUGCUACAAGAAGUGAUAAGCAGAAGGGAGAUAUUUUGAUGACUCGAGGAGCUUUCAAAGUGAAUGGCAAAAAAUUCAUUGAGCCCGAUCACAUCAUUGAUUUUCGUUCACUUAUCCUUCCAAAAACAAACAAUUUGAGUCUGGUUUGUUGGGGAAAGCGUAAGUUUCAACUGGUAGAGUGGAUUUGA